CGCAAACAUUCCAAUGUCCGACCAAACCGAAAUGCAAAUCAACCCCACCCGCGCAAAACACCUGGCCGAAAACCUCAGCCACGUCGCCAACCAAAUCAAAUCCGCAAACACCGCAAACCGCAAUGUCCGCCUCAUAGCCGUCUCAAAACUAAAACCCGCAAACGACAUCCUCGCCCUCCACCAAUCCCCCACAUCCCACCUCCACUUCGGCGAAAACUACUCCCAAGAACUCCUCGAAAAAGCUUCCUUGCUACCUCGCUCAAUCCACUGGCACUUCAUAGGCGCCCUACAGACGAAUAAAUGCCGUCCCCUAGCCGAGUCGAUCCCGAAUUUAUUCUCAGUGAGCAGCGUAGACAGUGCAAAAAAAGCAGAUGGUUUGGAAAAGGGAAGGGCGAAAUUGGUGGCUGAGAAAAAGAAAGAGCAGCAGCAGCAGCAGCAGGAAAUGGGAGAUGAUCAGAAAUUGAGGGUGUUGGUGCAAGUCAAUACGUCGGGAGAAGCUGAAAAAUCGGGAGUGGAACCUUCUGAUGCUCCGGCAUUGUGUCAACAUAUCAUGACUUCCUGCCCGCAUCUUCAAUUGGGAGGGUUGAUGACGAUCGGCGCAAUCGCGAGAUCAAAAGCCACGACUCCGGAAACGGAGAAUGAGGAUUUUGAGCAGUUGAGAAAAGUAAGGGAUGCCGUGGCCACGCAGUUGGGUAUCGAAGAGGAGGAAUUGGAACUUUCUAUGGGUAUGAGUUCGGAUUUUGAAGCGGCGAUUAAGCAGGGGAGUACGGAGGUUAGAGUCGGCACUACCAUUUUUGGUGAGAGGCCGGCUAGGGGUGAUGCCAAGGUCAAGGAGGAUGUUGCUGAGGAGAAGAAGUAGAGCUUCAAUCUAAGAACGAGCAUUGCAAGUCAGAAGGGUGGUCGAGUGCUUAAUCCGUAUCGGUGUGGUCACUCUGUCACUCCAAACAAAGUCAUGAAAGCAGAUACAGUCAAGCAAAAGUUCCAUUAUCGUGUAUAUACCCUUUAUGAGAGCAGCAAAAAUCGUCCUCGGCCUUUGUCCAAACCCCUUUUUUAUGAUUCGGCAAAAGCGAGAUUCUUCGUCAAAUCGUAUCCUCUUUAUUUCCAGCCCUCAACAGCCUCGUCGAUAUCACGACGGAUCUCACGCUGCUGCUCGCACUGCAUGAGGAAGACCUUGUACUUUGCAUCAAGCAACUUCUUCUCGUUCUUG